UAUAUAAGCCCUGUUACUCAGCAUGGGGAAGGAGUUGAAGUGGUGGAAGGAUCUAGAGAGGAGCUUUCUGAUAAGAGAGCUAGUGAAGCAUUGGGCCCGAAAAGGGAACAGUGGGAAAAAGCCUGCCUGGAGGCCAGGGAGGGGCCAAGCAAGAAAUAAAGGUGGAAGGUAGUAGAGCAGUGGUAAGGGCUAGUGGUCCAGUGAUGUUACUAGCCCUUGCUUGGGACCUGAGGCUAGGGGCUUCCACAGAGGGAGGAAGGACUCUCCUCUUCACACCUGCUGUGUCAGGGUAAGGAGCUCUGACCGGGUGAGGGCAGAAGGGCUCUUGAUUGAACCUGUAGAGAGUGGAUGAUGAUUAGUGAAGCUCAUGGGGGUCAGAUUCCUGAGAAGUUACACCCCUGUGUCAAUGGGGUAACUAGAAGUCUGUAGCCUGCCAGGAGAUGGCAGAGGGAUGGUGCACUCUGAGGAGGGCAGCCCUGUGCUGUUAAGCUGAGAGAGGCUGGAGGAUGACUGUCUGACUUCACUUGGACUCUGCUGAUCCCUGGAAGGGGGAAGACCCCUCGAGAGACUUGAUUGGAGCGCUGAACCCAAAUCACCCCUGCACUGGGGGAGACUGCAAACCACCACCAGGCAGAGAGGCAUGGACUUGUGAUGCGAUGCUGUAGAGGGACAAUCCACGUGUGGCCAUGUGGAACUUCCUGCUCCAGUCAUCUCCUCUCAGGCCCAUGUGACUGGCACCAUUUCAGCCAUUUUCAGUGUCCAACGCACCCUUCAGUGAACAGUUUGAUGGAGAAUCGGUCGGAUGACAGCAGGAACUGUUGUUAUCACCGGCGGAAUACUAGCAACCGUGAUCCUACUGUGUAUUAUUGCGGUGCUCUGUUAUUGUAGGCUACAGUAUUAUUGCUGCAAGAAAGAUGAAUCUGCUGAGGAAGAGGAGGAGGAGGAGGAGGAGCCUGACCUUCCCACUCACUCAUACCUUACAACCUGCAAUGCCUGCAACUCUCGCAUCGUGGAUGGGCAGGGCAGCCCAGCACCACCACCCCACGAAUUUAACCAGCAGGGUGCUCGGAACUACUGCCCUACCUGUUCCCCCUACGGCUCGCCCUUUUACAUACGGACCGCUGACAUGGUGCGGAAUGGCGGUGAGAGGAUCACCUACACGCCCGCGUGCUACAAGGAAAUGGGGCCACCCAUCAAAAUGGCAACCCUCCAGAGUUACCCGAUGACCCGCCAUGGCAUCGUCCACGAGACCUUUCCAAACCCGAGGGCUAUUAGUACAGACGUGUAAUCAGCAUUGUCACUGUCUCACAGGGUGCACCAAUGAGAUGGCCAUCGAGGGGUGGGGGCUCCAUUUAUUUCAGUGGGGUUUCUUGCAAAGGAGAGGAACCCUUGAACGAACAUCAACAGCUAAGUCAGAGACCCAGCGUGGUCCUGAUGUUGAUCUGUCCAGAUCACUGUAAGCUUUCAUGGGACAGUUGAAUGAACAGCUUGAACGUGGUGAUUUCUGAACCUAUCACAAGUGUAAUUAUUAUUCCACUGUAUCUACGGAAGGGACUUGUCUAACGAGGGCUAUGUACAGUACGGACUAACUUAAUUAUCAAGACACUUGUGACUCUCCUUAUUCCCUUGAGUCCUUAAUGAGGUCUUUGGUGUCUACACUAAGCAAAUCCUACUUGUCACUUUCCAAGGCAAUACCACUGGCCUCCAGUAUGGAUGAACUGAGCACAUUCAGCAAGAGCAAGACGUCAUUCUGGGAGCUGUCGGCUCCAGCAAUGGCUGCAUUAGAAAGGAGGAAGAGAGAGAGGGUGAAGUCCAGCCACUCUUGCUUGAUGAAAGCUAAUGGAGAAGCAAAUAAACAAAUAGUUUGAUCAUUUUGUUCCCUUUGUAUCACAUUAGUUGCAAUUGAAUGCUAGUGUCUGUGUUAGAAUGUAAAAUAGGAUAACCUCUCCCUGGCUACUUUAGAUAAUUAUGAGGGGGAGAAAAGGGGACUAGUGAAAUUACUGAUAUAUGCUAACAAUGCAGAUGCUGCUGCUGCCAAAAAACAAAAACCUUUAAUCUUCACAGGCUUUUUUAGGAGUGAUUUAAUUUAGAGGCAUAAAAAGCGCAAGGUUUUAUUGAAAGGAAAAAUUGCAUAUUAAAGAAUGAAAGCUUUGAUCUUCUGCAGUGUGCAAAGCUCUGAAAGGCCCACUGCCAUCUUCUGGGAAACUGAGAAAUAGUCCGUUUAGGACUAAUUCUGCUUACAAUAGCAAUAGGGAUGGAAAAAUCCUACUAGACCAUGACCUUGGGGUCAUGACCACCAGUGAGGGGAAUCACACAGACAGGUCUUUAGGGGGCUCAUGAUUGCCUUUCCUUUCUUUGGGGCUAGAUUGGAAGUCCAAGCCUACUUUCUGGGGUAAUAUGGGGUCACCACAUGAAAAAUGUUGACAGCCACUGAGCUAGACCAUCCAGUCCACCUCUCUGCAAAAUGGACAUGGAGAUUAUUUUUUACUCCAGUACCAAACUAGGUCAAAAUUACUAAAAAGGCGCAUCUGUCAUUCUGAUACAUUUCCAUAGCCACCAGCUGCAGGGUCCCGAGAGUGCAGGUGGAGAGUACAAAUUGGUUGCAGAUGAACAUAUAAAGCUAAGUUCCUCCUGCCACACAAAUUUCCUUAGUGAUGAUAGCUAGAGUAUGUUUAACACACGGCCGUGAUAUUUAGGCAGAAUUAUUUAGAACUAUAAAUUGUGAUAGAGGAAAUAGUCUAAAUCCAUGAAAGGUGCUGGACUGACUGACAGCCUUUAUAUUCUUUGUUUAGCCACAGCUGAGGCAUGACGUGGUGCAGGAUCCACAUUAGCAGGUGAGAGUUCAGUCUUCAGGCCCAUUCACUCUUUGGCGUCCCUGCUGAGACUGCCAGUGAGGGAGCAGAUUAGUGCCAAAUGUGAUGGUGGUGCAUGUGACGUGAGUGUCUCUCCAUCAGGAACCAACCCGUUUGGUGUAGACCAUUGAACGGCCACUGGUCGCCUGCUGGUCUGUAUUUGAACCAAGACCUUAAAACUGAAAGACUUUGCAUCCUGAUACUCCCUGGCCCUUAAGCCAUCCCGUCCUCACUGCGACCCCUAAAUAGAAUAUUCUCCAGUUCUCCCUCAUAUGGCAGUUGCCUCUUAAGUGUCUUCUUAACAACCCUGGGAGAAAAAAACAGCUAAUGGUGGGAGGGCGGUAGUAGCAACAAAGGCCUCUGACCCCAAGUGUUCAAUAGCCCAUUGCUCCUAUUGGCUUCCUAUCCCAACCAGCAAACUCCCCUGGUGAUACAGUGUCUGACAGGGUUUUCCUUGGUCUAACUCAACAAGUUCUAUCCUUUCAUAUGCUAGUACCUGCUUUAGCUAGCCUCCAGCCUGAACUUAACCCCCACAAGACCUGCGGUGGUCAAAGUGCAGCCCAUGGGCUAGACAAAGCACAAAGCUCUGCCUCUUUAAUAUGAAGGGACGGCCCAAGGAGACUAUGCUACCUCUUCCCAGUGAAGGUUGCUGGGAUCAAGGUGGUGCAUUAUAUGACAGGCUGUAGGCUCUGUGGGUCACACCUCUGUUAAAAGGGAAGACAGCUGUAGUUUGCUCCAUUGAACACACAUUAAAUGUGACCCUUAGGCUUCUAGCAGGCUCAUGUGGCCCUGAGUGAGGCAAAGUGGUCUGAGAUUGGUAGUACACCGCAGCUGAAGACCGCCAUCACACAUGAAAUACUAAACACAUUUUGCACGUGUGCUGGAAUAUGUGGAUAAGUACAAAAUAUACACAACACAAGUGGGAGCCCAAACUGUAGCUUCAGACCUGCUAAGGGGUGAGGGAAGGAACAGGGAAGUCAGACUUUUCUACUUGUUGCUCUACAUCUUUGUUGCUCAGCUGUGAAUACAGAGUGAAUGUCAGAAAUAAAUGAGGACUUUGAACUAUAAA